GGGGAGCCGCCUGCGGUACCGGCUGCAUUUCCCGCCGCGCCGGCCUCGUCUCUUCGGUGCGCCAGGGCACGAUGGGGUUUGUCUUCUCGAAGUCCAUGAGCGACAGCCUGAAAGCUCAGCAGGAGUUUAUGGCCAUGAACUCACGGCUUCAGCUGGAAAGGCAACUACUCAUGCAGAACCAGAUGAGAGAGAGACAAACAGCCAUGCAGAUUGCUUGGACACGAGAAUUUCUCAAAUACUUUGGGGCAUUUUUUGGACUUGCUGCUGUAGGUUUAACAGCUGGAGCAAUAAAAAAGAAGAAUCCAGGAGUUUUACUGCCAAUAGUUCCCUUAAGCUUUAUAUUUGCCUAUCAAUAUGAUAUGGGCUAUGGGACACUGAUGCAAAGGAUAAAAGGUGAAGCAGAGAACAUAUUGGACACACAGAGCAUUUUGCUAGAAUUGCCAAAAGGACCACUCACUUAUGAAGACCUGGAGAAAAUCAGAAAAUCUAAGAGCAAAUUCUUCAUAGAAAAAUAGAAAGUUGGUAUAAAAGCUUGAUAUCUGAAAUGUGAUUGUAAUACUAGUUUUGGACAUAAAUGAAUCAUUAAAAUGUUGAGGAAAUUAUGAGCUUUUAUAAAAUCAAAGUAUAAUUAAUCUUUUAAAAUCCGUACUUUAUAAAGCAAUUAUUUUCAUAUUGUAUGUAGCUCUUGAAAGAUAUCAGUUGUUGCUGUAGCAUAUUCCUCUUGUUUAGAAUGAAAUAAUGAACUUCCACUGUCUAUUUAGAGUUUGAAAAUAACUUUCACCUGUAGUAAAAAUGUUCUGUACUGACCAAAUUCACUAUAAUUAACAAAAAUAAGUUAAUUGGUAGUUAUAAAUUUGUAUAAAUAUGGUCACAAUUUUCAAGUAUAUUUAAAGAUGCAGAGCUCAAUUUGAAGUCAGGAAUAGACAGUCAACUUUGAAAAAUAAGACACUUUUAUUUGCUGUUCUUUAGUCAGUAAAUUCACCAUCUGCUUCAAAUUCUGGAAUAAACAGCUUUUAUCAGAAGUAGGUUCAGAAGUAAACACGUCACUUGCUAACUGUGUGUUUUACUCUUAGGAGAAACUGUAUUAAAGUAUGAGCAGAGAUAAUUUCUCAAAAAGAGAAAACAAAUUAUGUGGUUAUUUCCUGAAUCUUUUUCAUGCUUGUUUGACAUUCUGAAACUCAGGAUAAUUUGUUUACAUGAAAUCAGAGUUUCACCACUAAGAUGAAUAUUAACUUAGGCUAACAGCAAGCAAAAUUAUUAAUGUAUGUUUUUGUAAUGGGUAGAUCCAAGGGGCCUUACAAGUACUGAAAAACUGAGGGAUUUUUUUGCAUGCCUUCCCUCUUGCAUGGUAUGUACUGAGAAUAUAAUUUUAGUAUAUUUUAGUGUUGUGAUGUUACACUUGGCAAAAAAUGCAUCUUUCUGUAUUGGAAAUCUUGUUUAAGCACAGAUUAUUCUGUGUUUUGGAUGGAAAAUCUUCUAGCAUUAUUCUACUUGUGAAAUGAAUAUCAAAUGCUCAAAAAGCAUCCAGUAAUGAAUUAAGCCUAAGUCUGUACUGACAAUUUGUUGAGUUAAAAAUUAAAUUCCAGCUGGAGUUAAUGCCCUGAAUCUAUUUUUGAAGACUACUUGACUAAUAUUAUAAUAUAGUUACAGUAAGACAGGUGAAUAUAUCAUAAAACAAGAACUUCUCAAUGCAGAAGAAAUUAAUAACAGUCUCCAUAGCUGUGUAAGAUUGAUUUCUGAAAGGACAUUGACUUCUGCCUUCAAAUCACUUCUGUAAUUGGUUCUCUCAUCUGCAUAUUAACAAGGCAUACAAUAUGUAACAUUUCAAAUGUGGUACAUUUCAUGUGCAGACUGAUAAAAUGGGUUAUAAUAGCUUGCUGGGUUAUAAUGUCAGGGUCUACACUUUGGCUGAUUAGGUUUUAAGGCAGUGAUUUUAAUUGUCUUGGAAGGCAUGUCUCAACUCCAUGCUACCCAUGUGUUAUGAGCUCACAAAAUGUAGUCCAAGACCACCUCAUGUUUUCUGCCUGUCCUAUAACAUAAUCCCUUGCCACUUGCUCAUAUUAUGUACUGCUCUUGGAACAUAUGUAUUGCUGCUUACUUGUUUUGCUGUCAUCAACAGAUCAUCUACUACCUUUUGUCCAAGUUCUGAAGUCCAUCUUUCUUUAAUUUUGAAGAAGUCACAACAGUCUUUUAUGUUUUAAUCUGUCAUAUAUUGAUACUCUUCUUCCAAGAAAGAAAAACACCUAAAGCCGCUUGCUUGUUUUGGUAUUUGUAUGUCUCCACCUGGGCCUUUUAACCCACUUUUUGAUCCUAUGAAAGACAUUUUUACAAGAGAGCAGUUUUAAUAGCAGUUUUAUUUACAAAUCAUAGAAAAUUAGGAAAUACUCUAAUCCUAUCCACUGUGGAUUAGGAAUUAAUAUCUGUGUGUUUGCAAUAGAUUGCUGGCUAUGGUGUUGGAUCAAAAGGUGGUGUUAAAGGAAGCAAGCAGGCUAAGCAAAAUAAUGACCCACAUAACAGUUUUAGGAGAUAAUAGGAUAGCUACUUACUACUCCAUCCUAGCUAAAUUUUACUUCUUUUUCCUCCCAAAUGUUAAACAUAGAUCAAUAGUGUUCAUCCAUUGCAAGACUCCACACUAAAAAGUGAAGGAAAUGGGGCAAAUUUAUUUCAGCAUUACACAGUGAGUAUCAGUGAAAGUUACCAGAUCUAUAAAGGAAAAGCAACAGGCUCUAAGCAGGACAGCCUAAUGGAUUUAAAUGGGCUACAUAGUUUGUGCCAAAGAUCGUCAAGAAGUUAAGGGUUAAUCACCUUUACUGCCUUUAUUUUUUACUGUUAGCUUUGCUUUUUUUUUUAUUAAUAAAUAUAUGCUUUUGUUUUGAAGAUGCUUAUUCUUUGUUACAGAGUAUUUAUUCUACUGCCAGUGUAUUAAUCAAAAUGCUUAUGUGUACCAAGCCCAGUCAUAACUGUCACAUAGGUAUCCAGCCACAGAGUGGUUGAGCUGUACGAUUUCCUUCAGAGAACAAUGGAAGGAAGCAGAAGAGUUUACUUUUGACAGGGUCUACUUCAGAGAAAUAGAUGUUUACGGCACAAUUGCCCAUAAUCAUCAUGCCAGUUGUACUCAUGGAAAUAAAUAAAUAAAACACGUAAAACAUCCUGCUCCCUUCUGUCAUUGGUGCUUGACUGGCUUCAGAUGUAAGACUUACUUCAAUAUAUCACAGCAACUGUCUUUGUUUUCGUGAAUCACUGGGGAAGAGAAGGAGAAUAACUGCAGGGCGAGCUUGUUCUGACCUGAGAGCACUCCUUGCCACAUUAAUCCUGUUGGUUUUUCUGGUUGUAAUGUCUGAUAGGCACGUAUCCUGAAUCAGUGUCACAUGGAGGAGGAUUCUUCCAAGAAAGUGAGAAGUCAGUGAUGAUUAGCUUGUCAAAAUUAAACUCUUUGUGGUCUCAUUAUGAGUAUGUCUCACUUAAAGUCCAAGA